GGACCACGCCCUCAGAGGCCCCCGGCGGGCCGCGGAACCUUUUUGAGUGGCGGCCCGAGGCCAUAGCGCGAUCGCGAGCGCGAUGGCGAGCCUGGGCCGCCUGCUGUGCGUGUUGGGUUUACUGCUGUGCGGGCUUGCAAGUCCCGGGCUGUCCAGACCCUACAAGCCGGGCUCCAAGAGGCCCAUCAUCGGAAUAUUAAUGCAAAGAUGUCAUGGGAAAAUGACGAAGUUUGGAGACUACUACAUUGCUGCGUCCUAUGUGAAGUACAUAGAGUCUGCAGGGGCAAGAGUCGUGCCCAUAAGGCUUGAUCAUAAAGAUUCAGAGUAUGAAAAACUCUUUAAGUCUAUUAACGGAGUCCUCUUUCCUGGAGGAGGUGCUAGCCUAACACAUUCAGGUUAUUCCCGUGUGGCGAAGAUAUUUUUCAGAAAGGCUAUCGAGAGUUAUGAUAACGGAGACUAUUUUCCUGUGUGGGGAACAUGCCUUGGAUUUGAGGAGCUUUCCGUCCUGGUUAGCGGUGAGAACUUACUAACGAAUACAAGCACUAACUCAAUGACAUUGCCCUUGAACUUCACUGCAGGUGCAAAACAGGGCAGAAUGUUCCAGAAUUUUCCUGCUGAGUUAUUGACUUCAUUAGCAUCAGAAAAUCUGACUGCAAAUUUUCACAAAUGGAGCCUCUCUGUGAAGAACUUUACAGAAAAUGAAAAGUUAAAGAAGUUUUUCAAUAUAUUAACAACCAAUACAGAUGGCAAGACUGAAUUCAUUUCAUCCAUGGAAGGAUUUAAGUAUCCAGUAUAUGCUGUCCAGUGGCAUCCUGAGAAAGCACCAUUUGAGUGGAAGGAACUAAACGGUAUUUCCCAUGCACCAGAUGCUGUGAAGACUUCAUUCUACUUAGCAGAAUUUUUUAUUUCUGAAGCUCAGAAAAAUGAUCACCACUUUGAAAACCCACUGGAGGAGACUAAUUCCUUGAUUUACCAGUACUGUUCAGUUUAUACUGGAAAUAUUUCUUCAUUUCAGGAAUCUUAUGUGUUUAACCGAAAGUCUUCAGUAUCGUAGCAGAGCAACUUUGAGUGAUUCUGUGAUUGAAUUGCUAACCCUGAUCAGGACAAUAUGAGAAGGCCAGAGAGCUGCCUUUGCUGUGUGCCUGGUUCUGAUUCGUGGCUAAAUACAUGAUUAUUUUUUUAUCAGAUUUGAUAAACUGACCGUGAAAAAAAGUAAAAAUCAUAGUGUUUUUUUUCAUGAAAAUGCCUUCUUAUGUCUGAAGAUUCUAAAAUACAAGUUUUUGGAAAUACA